UGAAUCGUUCCGAGACUGCGGAGGUCGGGCGCGGCGGCGUCAAGAUGGCGGCGGCGGCGGUGGCGGCGGCAGCGGCGGCGGCAGCGGCCGCAUCUCUUCAGGUGCUGGAGAUGGAGAGCAUGGAGACGGCCGCCGCCGGAUCGGCAGGACUGGCCGCCGAAGUCCGAGGCAGCGGCACGGUGGACUUCGGGUCUGGGCCCGGCAUAUCUGCAAUGGAAGCGAGCGGGGGCGAUCCGGGCCCGGAGGCCGAGGAUUUCGAGUGCAGCUCUCACUGCUCGGAGCUGUCGUGGAGGCAGAACGAGCAGCGGCGCCAAGGCCUCUUCUGCGACAUUACCUUGUGCUUCGGCGGCGCGGGCGGCCGAGAGUUCCGGGCCCACCGCUCGGUGCUGGCCGCCGCCACCGAAUACUUCACGCCCCUGCUCUCGGGCCAGUUCUCGGAGUCCCGCUCGGGCAGGGUGGAGAUGCGCAAGUGGAGCUCGGAGCCCGGGCCCGAGCCCGACACGGUGGAAGCCGUUAUCGAAUACAUGUACACCGGGCGCAUCCGCGUCAGCACGGGCAGCGUGCACGAGGUGCUGGAGUUGGCCGACAGGUUCCUGUUAAUUCGUUUAAAAGAAUUCUGUGGAGAAUUUCUCAAGAAGAAACUUCAUCUCUCUAAUUGUGUGGCCAUUCAUAGCUUAGCUCACAUGUAUACUCUGAGCCAACUUGCUCUGAAAGCUGCUGAUAUGAUACGGAGAAAUUUCCACAAAGUAAUUCAGGAUGAAGAAUUUUAUACUUUACCUUUCCAUCUCAUUCGAGACUGGCUGUCGGACUUGGAAAUCACGGUUGAUUCUGAAGAGGUUCUCUUUGAAACAGUGUUGAAGUGGGUUCAGAGAAACGCUGAAGAGAGAGAGAGAUACUUUGAAGAACUUUUUAAAUUGCUCAGAUUGUCCCAGAUGAAACCUACUUACCUUACUCGGCAUGUCAAACCAGAGAGGCUGGUGGCCAAUAAUGAAGUUUGCGUCAAGUUAGUGGCCGAUGCAGUGGAGAGGCAUGCUCUGAGAGCUGAAAACAUACAGUCUGGCACCUUCCAGCAUCCUGCCUCUCAUGUCUCAUUAUUACCUCGCUAUGGGCAAAACAUGGACGUGAUCAUGGUUAUUGGAGGCGUGUCAGAAGGAGGGGAUUAUUUAAGUGAAUGUGUAGGGUAUUUUGUCGAUGAGGACAGAUGGGUAAACCUGCCCCAUAUUCAUAAUCACCUUGAUGGACAUGCCGUUGCAGUAACAGAGUCCUACGUGUAUGUUGCUGGAUCGAUGGAACCAGGGUUUGCUAAAACUGUGGAAAGAUACAACCCAAAUUUGAAUACGUGGGAACAUGUUUGUAGUCUGAUGACAAGAAAGCAUUCUUUUGGGUUAACAGAAGUCAAAGGGAAGCUCUACAGCAUUGGAGGGCAUGGCAACUUCAGCCCUGGCUUCAAAGACGUGACUGUUUAUAAUCCUGAGCUUGAUAAAUGGCACAACUUGGAAUCAGCACCAAAGAUCCUCCGGGAUGUCAAAGCACUAGCCAUCGAAGACCGGUUUGUGUACAUCGCUGCCCGCACUCCCGUGGACCGGGACACCGAAGAUGGGUUAAAGGCUGUAAUUACCUGCUAUGAUACGGAGACUCGACAGUGGCAAGAUGUGGAAUCUUUGCCGCUUAUUGACAAUUACUGUUUUUUCCAAAUGUCUGUGGUCAAUUCAAACUUUUACCAGACGGCAUCAUGCUGUCCCAAGAGUUAUUCUUUAGAAAAUGAAGAGGCAGUAAGAAAAAUUGCCAGCCAAGUGUCCGAUGAGAUCCUUGAGAGCUUACCUCCCGAAGUCCUAAGCAUCGAAGGAGCGGCUAUCUGCUAUUACAGAGAUGACGUUUUCAUUAUUGGAGGCUGGAAAAACAGCGAUGAUAUCGACAAACAGUACCGGAAAGAAGCCUACCGAUAUUGUGCUGAAAGAAAGCGGUGGAUGCUUCUUCCUCCCAUGCCACAGCCUCGUUGUAGAGCCACUGCUUGCCACGUGAGGAUCCCGUACCGGUACUUGCAUGGCACACAGAGAUAUCCUAUGCCUCAAAACUUAAUGUGGCAGAAGGACCGCAUCAGACAGAUGCAAGAAAUACAUCGGCACGCCCUGAACAUGCGAAGAGUGCCAAGCUCUCAGAUUGAAUGCUAGGUGCUCUAAUAGGUGCAGCUUAAAACAGUUGUACCUGUCUUGUGAGGCUGAAGAUCCCCAGACUGUUACUUGAAAAAGUAUGUCGAUAACUUAUUUUCUACCUACCUGAUUAUUGCCCCAAAAAAAGGAAACACAGUUAAAAACUGAAGAAUGGGAAACACGAUUUAAUAUGUGGUAA